CCAUCUUCUUAAAUGGCCAACGGAAGUGGUGGACUCUCCUUUGAUUCAGAUCUCAUCCCACUGCUCCGAUAACCACACCGCUAAUGGACGCCGGAGAUGAUCAUAUGCAUCGUUUCAACCUCUACUCUUCUCCCUCUCAUCAUGAUCAUAAACCGUUAAACGAGAUGGAUUUCUUCGCCAAUAACGACCUACAUCAUCAGUCAAACUUCAACGAUGAUGAUAACUCCGAUCACCUUCAUCAUAACAUCAACACUGGUUUGCAUCUUCUUACUCGGAACACAAACAACGAUGAUCAGUCGGUACCGGAUGAUGGAAUGUCUAUGAAUUGUGAAGAUAAACAAACGAAGAAUAAGUUGGCAGAUGUUCAAGUCGAACUAGAGAAAAUGAACACCGAGAAUCAACGAUUAAAACAAGUGUUGGAUCAAGUGACGAGCAAUUACAAUUCACUCCAGAUGCACAUGACGACGAUGAUGAAACAAAAGCAAGAAGAAAAACCCAACGACGAUCGUAAGCCUAGCAAAGAUGGUGGAGGAGAUAUGGUGAUGGUGCCGAGGCCGUUAACAGAUCUAGGUUUAGCUGCUCCGGCCACCGUGGAUACCGAUGAGAAUUCCCGGUCGUCCUCUGAGGGGAGAAGCCAUGAUGAAAUUCCACGAUCGCCUAACACUAAUAUUGAUGGUAGAGAUCGUAGAGAACAUAGCCCGGAACAGGUUUUGGGUUGUUCUAACAAGGUUCCGAGAUUGAAUGAUUCAAAGAAUGAUGAUAAUAUCGAUCAAGCUACGGAAGCAACCAUUCGAAAAGCAAGGGUAUCUGUUCGAGUCAGAUCAGAAGCACCCAUGAUCACAGAUGGAUGUCAAUGGAGAAAAUACGGGCAAAAGAUGGCAAAAGGAAGUCCAUUUCCUCGAGCAUAUUAUCGGUGCACCAUGGCUGUCGGUUGCCCCGUUAGGAAACAAGUACAAAGAUGUGCAGAAGAUAAAACGAUUCUGAUCACCACCUACGAAGGCAAUCACAACCACCCUCUGCCACCGGCCGCCAUGGCCAUAUCCUCCACCACUUCCUCCGCCGCCAGGAUGCUACUCUCGGGAUCCAUGCCCAGCUCCGACGGCAUCAUAAACUCCAAUUUCUUAGCAACAACUCUCCUCCCUUGCUCCUCCGGCAUGGCCACCAUCUCAGCCUCCGCUCCUUUCCCCACAGUCACAUUAGACCUCACUCAACAGCAGAUGUUUUCCGGCCAAAACGCCGCCUUACUCCCCCAGAUAUUCGGCCAGGGGUUAUACAACCAGUCCAAAUUCUCAGGGCUUCAAUCAUCUCAGGAUACGGUGGCCGGAACCUUAUCGGAAAUGAACCAAGGGCCGUCACGAGCCGCUUUGGCCGACACCGUGACUGCCCUGACAAAUAAUCCAAAUUUUACUGCUGCUUUAGCGGUGGCUAUUUCGUCUAUCCUUGGUGGCGGCGGCGGUGGUGGCGACGACGGAUCUCACCCCAACAGUGCUGUAAACAAUACCAUCUACGGCAACAACAACAACGGCAGCGUUGCAACCAGGAACGAUAAAGACAAGAAAUCUUGUUUUCGAGGGAAUUAA